AUGCGUUUUCUAGUCCUUCUUGCUGGAGCACUUGUUCUCUUGACCCUAUCGGCCGAAAGGGGCGAUGCCUUUGUGAAGUUUCCCCUGACGAAUACGAAGGAUAUUAAAGGACCGAGGGAUUUUACGAAAGAUAUACGAAGAGAAGAAUCUGGGGUGCCCCCGAACGUAGAAGAUAACGACGGCAACGCAGACCAGGAAGAUGAAGGUGCCAGUAAUGAAGAAGAGCCUCUGGAAGAAGAGCAUGAGGAAGGAGAAGGCGAGGAGGCUCAAGAGGAAGAAACUGAAGAGGAUGAAGACGAAGAGGAAAGUAAAGCAAAAAGCGAAGAGCGGGAGGAAGAUGAGAAACCAAAAGUAGAAGAACAGGAAGAAGGAGAAGAAGAGGAGGACGAGCAAGAAGAAGGAGAGUCCGAGGGGGAAGACGGUGAAGCAUCUGGAGACGAGGGAGAAGGUAAAGAAAGUCCGGUGUCCAAUGAAGAGGAAAAAGAUAAGGAGUCUGAUGAAGAUGAGGAAGGUCAGAAGCCUGAAGAAGUGAAAGCAGAGAAUGAGGUGGAGAAAGGUGGGGAGAAGGAGGAAGAAGGGUCUGGAGAGGCAGAAGAGGAGAGGGGUGACGAGGAAGAAGGACAUGAAGAAGAGGGAAAAGCUGAAGAGUCUGAGGGAGAAGCAGAAGAAGAAGGGGAAGAGAAGGAGGAAGGAGAGGAGGAGGAGAAAGAGCAGGAAGAGCAUGAGGGAAAGCCCGAGGAGGAGGGGGAAGUGCAUGAAGAAGAGAAUGAGGGCGAAGGACAUGAAGAAGAGGAAGAGAAGCCUGAAGACAAGGAAGAAGUAGAGGAGGAAAAUAAAGAAGGGGAGGAGGAGCAUGAGAAUGAGCCUGAGGAAGAAGGACAUGAAGAAGAGGGAAAAGCUGAAGAGUCUGAGGGAGAAGCAGAAGAAGAAGGGGAAGAGAAGGAGGAAGGAGAGGAGGAGGAGGAAGAGCAGGAAGAGGAAGAGAAUCCUGAAGACAAGGAUGUAGAAGAGGAGGAAAAUUUUGAAGGUGAUGAGAAGCAUGAGAUUAAACCUGAGGAAGAUGAUCAUGAAGAAGUGGAAGAUUACGACUGGUCUGAUGGAGAAGAAGAAGAUUGGGAAGAGAAUGAGGAAGGAAAGUGGUGGGCGGAAGAGGAGGUUGAGGAUGAGGGAAAUCACGAUGAUGAUUGGGAGCAUGAAUAUGAUAGCGAGGGCGAAUGGCCGGAAAAUGAGGAUGAGGAAAAUAAGUCUGAAUACGAGGAUCAAGAAGGAGAGGAAUAUAAACAAUGGGAGUUCAAGCAUAAGAUUGAGCCUGAGGAAGAAGGACACGAACAAGCGGAACAAUACGAGGAGCCUGAUGGAGAAGAAGAAGACUGGGAUGAAAAGGAGGAAGGAGAGUGGUGGUAG